AGGCGGGACAGACAAACUGCAAGUUAGGCUGAACGUCGAGUUGUACACGGAGCGAUAGAUACAGUGUAGCUGUAAAUCAAUUGGGAGAGGUUACUGUAGAAAUUUGUAACAUUGUUGCAAGUGUUUUUUUUUUUGGCUAAUACAACUGAAAUAAUCAAAAGAAGGACGAGGGGCGUUCCCACUUGGGGAAGAUCUAAUAUAUUAAGAAAGGACUAUACAGGAACAUUUGCAGCUGAAGUUUAAAUUUGAUUAAAAUAUUACGCUGGAAAUGUCCGAAAAUAAGCCGAAUGAAGAGAAGUUGUCAACGACGGAGAGGGCGGUGAAACCUGUCCCUUUUCCUCCGAGUCACCAGCUGACAGCGAAGGAGGUGUUUGACACUGAUGGGAAGCCCCGAGUGGAUGUCUUAAAGGCCCAUCUGACGAAGGAAGGCCGACUGGAGGAGAGUGUGGCCUUGAGACUCAUCACAGAGGGAGCAGCCAUACUUCGGGCUGAAAAGAACCUGCUAGAUAUUGAGGCUCCUGUGACAGUUUGUGGAGAUAUCCAUGGACAGUUCUUUGACUUGAUGAAGCUGUUUGAGGUGGGAGGUUCACCAGCCACCACACGAUACCUAUUUUUAGGCGACUAUGUUGACCGAGGCUAUUUCAGUAUUGAUUGUGUGCUUUACUUAUGGGCUUUGAAAAUUCUUUAUCCAAAAACACUGUUUUUGCUUCGUGGGAACCAUGAAUGUAGACAUUUAACAGAGUAUUUCACAUUUAAACAAGAAUGUAAAAUUAAGUAUUCAGAGAGAAUAUACGACUCGUGUAUGGACGCAUUUGACUGCCUACCCUUGGCUGCCCUGAUGAACCAGCAGUUUUUAUGUGUACAUGGAGGCCUGUCUCCUGAAAUCAACACUCUAGAUGACAUCAGGAAAUUAGAUAGGUUUAAAGAACCCCCAGCUUAUGGCCCGAUGUGUGAUCUCUUGUGGUCAGACCCAUUGGAGGACUUUGGCAAUGAAAAGACUCAGGAACACUUCACACACAACACAGUAAGAGGCUGCUCAUACUUCUACAGUUACCCUGCUGUGUGUGAUUUCCUACAACAUAAUAAUUUAUUAUCGGUAAUCCGGGCCCAUGAAGCACAGGAUGCUGGUUAUCGUAUGUACAGGAAGAGCCAAACAACAGGUUUCCCAGCAUUAAUCACCAUUUUUUCAGCACCCAACUAUCUAGAUGUGUAUAAUAACAAAGCUGCAGUAUUGAAAUAUGAGAACAAUGUAAUGAAUAUUCGGCAGUUCAACUGUUCUCCCCAUCCCUACUGGCUUCCUAACUUCAUGGAUGUUUUCACUUGGUCUUUGCCAUUUGUUGGAGAGAAGGUGACAGAGAUGCUGGUGAAUGUUCUGAGCAUUUGUUCCAGUGAUGAGCUCACAACCGAUGAAGAGAUUGAUGGUGCUACUGCAUCCGCCCGCAAAGAGGUCAUUAGAAACAAAAUCAGAGCCAUAGGAAAGAUGGCGAGGGUAUUUUCUGUCCUCAGAGAAGAGAGUGAGAGUGUGCUUACUCUGAAGGGAUUGACACCAACCGGGAUGCUUCCCAGUGGUGUGCUGUCAGGUGGAAAGGAAAAGCUGCAAAAUGAAGCUUCAGCUACUAUUGAGGCUAUUGAGGCUGAUGAAGCGAUCAAAGGAUUCUCACCACAACACAAGAUCACAAGCUUCGCAGAAGCUAAGGGUUUGGACCGGAUCAAUGAGAGAAUGCCGCCUCGUAAGGACACUCUCCCUACCGAUGCUAGCCUCAACUCGCUCAACAAGGCCAUUUCCACAGAGACAAAUGGUACUGACAGCAAAGGCAGCAGCAGCAACAUCCAGUGACAUGUUCCUGAUUUUAAGGCUGCAAGGCAUGCUGGGAUGGCAGCCAAAUCAGCAGUUGGGACGUUCGUUCUUGCCUCUAUUCAAGUAGCAGCAUGCUAUGGAGGGGAGGUGCAGGAUUCAGUUUACGGUAUCGAGAGAGAAAGUUUAAAAAUAAAAUAAAUUAUAAUAAUAAUUUGGUGGAUAAUGAUACCCCUUUUUGGAUAUGCCUUUAAUGCUUGUAGAAACAUGAAAAAGUCAUGCUGGUUUAACUCUUGUAAGAAUCUAGGGGAAUAAACGUGAUUAUGUAUUGCAUCGGGGAGAGCUUCAUGAGCAUGUUUUUUGAAAGGCCUUUACUCUAUUACUGGACUCGGAAAUUUUCUCUGACUAUCUAACUGUUGUAUGUUUACAAAUACAGCACUAAAAUUGACAGAACGUAAACAACAUUUUUAACGUAUAAGGGUGUACAAACUAAAUAAGGACUAUUUAUUGAUUUUUUUAACAUUUUUUUUUUUGCUACCUAGUUAUAGAAAUCGCUCUAAAAUAAAUUAGGCAGUCUUAAAAGAAUGUUGCAAAUUUGUUGAAUUGCCAAAAAAAGGAAAGUUUAAUUUUUUGUACAGGUUAUGCUUACCUCAGGUUUAUUUAGUGUGCUCUGGAUGCCCUGCUUUCUGUAUAAUUGCUAACUACCUUUGCAGUGAAUAUCUUUUCAUUUAAGUUUAUAACUGGAAUAAUUACAUCCAUCUAUCAUUUGCAGAUAUCAUUUUUUAUUUAAUUGUUUUUUUUUUUUGGGGGGGGGGGUGUUAGAAGUAUUGGUUGUGGCUUGCUGGAAUUCUAUAUUUGAGUGGUAAGAUUUUUUUUUUUUUGUAUAAUGAACAAAACACCAUAUGAAGUUCAAUGAAAAGCGUCUAUAUUCCAUAAAAUAAUUAAAAUAAUAAUAAUAAUCUGCCUAUGCAUGUUUUCUAACUUGGCUGCCUAAGCCUACAUGGGACUGUAAUGUGCUUAGUGGGUAUAUACUGGAAAUGUAUACUGGCGUACUUUAUAUUCACUCAAUGAAACUGCUUAAUGCCUUCAACCUUUUGUAAUUUAAAGCAUUGAAAUAUUUAAGAGGGGAGAGGAUUCAUAAUAUUUUAACAUAAGCUUCUAAGUGCACAUGUAGUCAAUUAGCAUGUUUAGCCAAUCUUUGAAUUAAAAACAAAUAUGUUUGUGGUUACAUGUGGACCUUUAAAUGCAUGAUAGCUGUUAGUGUCAUAUUUCUGUUCUGUUCUGUAAUGUGCCACAAAAAAGUAUAACUUUUUUGGAACUCUUUUUUGGUUUGUAUCUCAGUUACGGGUUUAUUAAUGCUCCAUACUUUAAAAAGAAAAAAAAAAAGUCCAUCUACCGUUUUUUAACAACUGAGUGCCCAAGUAAUUCACUACAACAUGAAGCCUUGCUUUUGUAAUUUGACUUCUGAAAUGUUGGCAGUUGAAGCAUGCACUUGCAACAAUUAAAAGUAUUUUAUAUUACUGUUCAAUAAAACGUGCAUGAACUUGAA